AUGUUAAAAUUACCAGCCAGGAAUAUACGUUGUUACGCUACAAAAGCUAAUAAUGCUUACCAGCAGGCACUGUUAUCGAAGCAUGUGGAUCAGACCGACCCUGAGAUGUAUGCAAUUCUACAAGCUGAAAGGAAAAGACAAAAACACUCAAUUACACUGAUUCCAUCUGAAAAUUUUACUUCUAAAUCUGUUAUGGACUUAUUGGGGUCUGAGAUGCAAAAUAAAUAUUCAGAGGGUUAUCCAAAUGAAAGAUACUAUGGUGGAAACCAAUUCAUUGACAAAGCAGAAUCCUUAUGUCAAAAGAGGGCAUUGGAUUUAUAUCAAUUAGAUCCUGAAAAAUGGGGUGUCAAUGUUCAACCUUUAAGUGGUGCUCCUGCUAAUUUGUACACAUAUUCAGCCAUUAUGAAUAUUGGUGACAGAUUAAUGGGUUUAGAUUUGCCACACGGUGGUCACCUUUCUCAUGGUUACCAAUUACCUUCUGGUACAAAAAUUUCGUUUGUGUCUAAAUAUUUUCAAACAAUGCCAUAUCACAUUGACCCUUCAACUGGUUUAAUUGAUUACGAGGAAUUAAGUAUGACUUCCAAGUUAUUUAGACCAAAAAUUAUUAUUGCUGGGACAUCAGCUUAUUCUAGAAUUUUGGACUAUAAAAGAUUCCGUGAAAUUACCAAUGCUUGUAAUGCCUACCUUGUUAGUGAUAUGGCUCAUAUUUCAGGUUUGGUUGCUGCUGGUGUUACUGAUUCCCCAUUCGAGCACUCUGAUAUCGUCACUACUACUACCCACAAGUCUUUAAGAGGCCCUCGUGGUGCAAUGAUUUUUUAUAGAAAAAAUCUCAGAAAGGUAACGAAACAAGGUAAAGAAAUUCAUUAUGACUUAGAUAAGAAGAUAAACUUUUCAGUUUUUCCUGGUCAUCAAGGCGGGCCACAUAACCAUACAAUUUCAGCCCUGGCAGUUGCAUUGGGUCAAGCUGCUAAACCAGAGUUCAAACAAUACCAACAAAACGUUGUUGCUAACGCUAAAGCAUUUUCAGAUGAGUUGAUCAAGAGAGGUUUUAAUCUUGUGUCUGGUGGUACUGAUAACCACUUGAUAUUGAUCAAUUUAUCUAAUCUUGGAAUUGAUGGUGCACGCCUUGAAACAAUCCUAGAAAGUAUCAAUAUUGCUGCCAAUAAAAAUACCAUUGCAGGUGACAAGUCUGCUCUAUUCCCAUCUGGUUUGAGAGUUGGUACCCCUGCAAUGACUACAAGAGGCUUUGAUAAGUCUGAUUUUGCUAAGGUUGCUGAAUACAUAUACAAAGCUGUUAAGUUAGCUAUUUCAUUAAAGUCACAAGAAUCCGCUACUGCCACUACUGCCAGAGCCAGACUAAUUGAUUUUAAAAAAUUAUGCAAGGAAAGUACGGCAGUGAAACAAUUAGCUGAUGAAGUUUACACUUGGGUUGGUCAAUACCCAAUUCCAGGUGAAUUGUAA